AUGAUAUGUGAACAAACACCAAUUACUCCCACAUUUAAUGAGCCUAUUCGCGACAUACCCGCUUUUUUUAAAGUUCAAACAACUCCGCUAACUAAACCUACGACCUCUACACGAAACUUAUCUGAAAUUUCAACACCUAGCCCAAAAGAUACACCAGAUAUUAUUAAUUCCUCAGAAUCAAAAUUUUACUUUCCAACACCUGUUCCAAAAGUUCCAAAGAAAAGGUUGAAAGACAAACCCUUAUUAGAAUUUCGAGAAUUGCCCCAUAAGAUAACCAAUUUUAUUGACAAUCACAAUCCCAAGUUUCCACUCGAUAGUCAACAAUUCACUGAUCUCUGA